AUGACAACAACGCCUCCCUCUCCCUCCCCUCCGCGCCCUGGCUCCUCCGCUUCCUCCGCAGCGACCAUGACAACGACGACUACCGGUGCGCACCACAGUCAAUCGCAGACCUCGUCGCCAGUGUCAGGGCCAGUACAGAAGCCUUCCCCCCCUCCAGUGGAUAUUCUACCCAUCCCGGCUGCGCAGACAUAUGCGCACGUCCACCCGGCGCUGCUGCUGGCGCUCUACGCGCUCCGGUUCCCGUCUAUGAUGGCAGAUCCUGUGUCAGAGAUGAUUACCCAGGUGCCCCUGCUGGCAGUGGCACAGGUUGUAUAUGUGGUCACUUGUCUUCCUGCCAAGGGCACGAUUGUGACUUCAACUGUGACAGCGGCUGGUGAAGGCGGAGUUGAAGGCACGGAAAGGAGAGCUGUUUCCGGAACACAUGGACCUGCGGGAACAGGUGUUGUUAAGUCUGGGAAAGUGGGAUAUCGGCGGAAGCAUCAUGGACAUGGAAAGGGAGAUGGUAUUGGGUCGAGAUUGACGGCUGCUCUCCUCUCCCUAACCCUCACCUUCCUCCUGGGAACACCCGUCCUCGCAAUUCUUCUCGUGCUGUUCGGCGGCCCAUUGACCACCCAUUCUCCGCACACCAUCCUCUGCGCAAUGCACAUGUCCCUCCUCUCCUCAACGGCGCUCAUCUAUGUCUACGGUGUCGACGGCGCCGUCUGGAAAGAAGUCUACGCAUUCGCAAGACCAGCAGAUGCAGUCUGGGGCGGAGCUCUAGGUACCGGCGUAGGCGCCUGGUUGGGCGCCAUCCCUAUCCCAUUAGAUUGGGACCGCCCCUGGCAAGCCUACCCGAUCACGAUCCUCACCGGUGCGUAUAUCGGCUUCGCAGUCGGAUCGCUCAUCAGUCGGACACCUCUACUCUAUGGAAAGCGAUUAUCAUUCACAGCGCCCGAGGAGGAGCAGCAUGAAAAGUCGAACUGA